AUGCCGCAGGUGGGGGCAAGGCACCGCCAGAGCCGCGGCAGGACCGAAAAAGGUCCCAAGUCCAGAGUAAAGGGCGCGCGGCUUCGGCCUUUCUGCGUUGUGACCGGGUCGUUAACGCGCUCUGUCCCGGGUCAAGUGCGCUUGCUUGUCUUCUGGCCCGUUUUAAUGGCCGUCCUGUAUAAGUGGGACACCUCUGUUCCAUUCUCGCUCCUUUUCGCUCGUUCCCCGGUACUCAAGGGGCACUCCUUCAGUUUCCCCUUUGGGUCGGUCUGGACUGAAGUCAUUGGUGGAGACUUCGGCUCGAUGGUUGAUGUCCACGGAGGAGUGUGGGUGGGCACUGGGCUCGACGAGUGGUUAGUGUGGUGGGUGUUAUAUGAAUCCGUGGUUAGUUCCCGCUUCUCUCUUGGGUCCCGCGUUCGAGCCUACACCUCAGACGCAGCUAUACAGGUAGAUCUGGCUGGUGACGUCAUCACGUAUGAUUCCGACGAAGACGACUCGGAGGUCGCGGCCACACCCACCAGGAUGUCAGGGCGGAGACGCGCGGGCGGAGGCGGAGGCGCGGGUGGCGCUGGAGGCGACGCGGGCGGCGGAGGCGGGUCUGUGGGCGUGACGAGGAACAAGCGCGGGACGCCCAUGUACUCUCGCGAGGAUAUUAGGGAGCAAUAUUGCAUCAAUGACAAGGAGCUGCACGCGUUGGAGGCGUCGCGGAGGAAGCCCAUCUUCGGAUGCCUAACCUCAGGCAACACUCAGGUGUCCCCGUGCAAGAAGAAGAGUCUGCUGCCCGCCUGCCUCCGAGGGCGUGUCCCUUCGGACGAGAAUGUGUACACCAAGACCAGCAGUGCCGCCCCCUCCGCCCACGCCUCGCCCGCCCACCGCAAGCACCAGCACGAGCACGACCAGAUCGACUACGAGGACGACAGCUACUUCAAGCGCCGCCCCAAGACCAUCUGCUACACCGACCCCAAGCGCCUCGCCUCCUUCGACGACUCGCUGGCCAGGAGUAGCCGUGUGUCUCGCCCGCGAUCUGAGGUUGGCAGCGCUACGUACGACAGUUACCAUGCAGAUGAUGUUGGGGGCGACGCUGCCAGACGGCCGACUCAGCUGGCCAUCACGUCCGGAGAUCAUCAUUCGACGGAGUUCUUCCAUGGAGACUCGCACAAAGAGGGCUUCACCCUGACCCGGAGCGCCUUCACGCAGCCGAACACGCCCGACCUCAGCCGCCACUCGUCGCGCCACAGGCAGGUCACAACCCCUGCGCUCUUUCCUCUAGAGGACCGACCCCAAAAACAUGUCAGCUUCCAGAAGGCGAUGAGCCGAUCAGCGACGGUGGCCGGGCUGGAGGAGCAGGUCAUGUCGCGGCAGGACAGCGGGCGAGCCAGCGUCAAGUCGGGCGGCUCACGCAGCCACGAGCGGCUCCUCGAUGGCCGCAGGACCCCGGACUACAUGGAGCAGCGGGCGCUCGACCAGCUCCUGGCGCCGGUGCUGACGAAGGCGCUGCUGCAGGAGUCAGGUGGCGGGAAACACAGAAAAGGUCAGGCGAGAGAGGUCACAAGACGGUCAGGGGGUCUGACGGUCGAGUCUGAGGCAGGGUCAAGGUCAAGGUCCAGGACGCCCUCUCUCAGGCGGAAGAAAGUUGAGAAGAAGACGAUUGGGAUUCAGACAGAUGAAGUGUUUGAGAUGGAGGUUGAGGAAGAGAGGAUGGAGGUCGGGCGGGGCCCCGGGGUGUUGGAGGAGGCGCGGGAAGGCGCCAGGGGCUUGGGGGCCCACGAGGAGGGGACUUACGGGGUGGGAGGAAGGCGCCAGAAGAAAACGAAAAAGAAGGCCAUCACCAUUAUCGAGCCCCCGGAUGUGUUCACAAAGAGGGAGGACCCGCCUCCUCCUGCUAGGCAGAGAAAGGAGGAAGUGGAGGCCAGUCCCCGCGAGGUGGCGGUCGAGAACAAGAAGGCAAAAAAGACGAAGAGCAAGUCAAGCAAAGCCAAAGCCAAAGAGGAAGCGCCUCCGGAGGCCGUUCUAGCUCCAAAGGGUAAAGCUGUGGAGAGGCAAGAACAGAGACCCAGCAGAAGGACUGGGGAUAUAUCAUUAAGUCCAGCUGCUCCAAGGAUAGAAAAGAGUGUGAAAGACAAAGGCAGUAAGGUGUCCAUGGCCAUGCAGACGGAGGAUGCUGUGGAGAACAUCUUCUCAGACCGAUCCAUAUUCCUGACAGACGACUUGGACACAAGCACCGAUUGGCGGGAGGAAAGCUCAGUGGAUUGGCAGACGAGUGCGAGCUCUUUGGCAUGGCAGACAGACAGAAGUUCCUUUGCAUGGCAAACAGAUGCAAGUUCAGGUAAUAAAUAUACUGGAGAUAAUUCUUUUGCACUAGAAUCCUGUGAAGAGCAGGAAAAUGAUAAGGAUCUCCUUAACAUGGACGUCUUUUUAAUUCGAGAUCGAAGGAACAAAGACUCCUCAAGACAUAAGAUGAACCAAAAUGCUGCUCAAGAAAGUGAGAACGAAACCAAUCAAAACGUCCAGUGGGAUGGCGGAGGGCCUCGUUCCAAGGAUCUGAAAAAUUGCAAACCACAGGGAAAGGCUGAUGCAAAAGAGCUUAAGCACAAAGGGAAAACACGACAAUCAGAUAAGGAGGAAAUAGAAGGGAAACAAAGACUGGGCGAAGAAAAGAACACACGGAUAGGCCAUACUGGAAAAGAAAACAAAAGAAGAGAUGUUCCACAGACAGGCUGUAAGCCUCGCCCACUUCGUCCACCAAAUGAUGAUGGGGAAGCGGAGAGGAGUGAGGAGUUUAGAAAAGCUGAACAUGGUGGGAAACAGGGUCUACAAAAGUGGGAUAAGGAAGUAGAAAGAGAAAAUCUUAAAGAACAAAUCGAAUACGAAGAAGAGGAUGAUGAAACGAAUCCAGAAAUGCAAAUGGACGAAGAGACAAACGCAAUGGUGAGGCGGCUGCGCUUCCGGCGUCAGAUGGCUGAAGAGUUUCUGAACCAGCAGGCAGAGGAUCAGGGCAAAGGCAGAGAGCAAGCAGCGACAGACCCAGAAUCUCGAGGUCACAGCAGCCUUGCAGCAACACUUCCCAACAGAAGAAAACAGAAGUUGAGAUUUGCAAGAGAAGUCGUUACUCCUGAGAGACAGCUCUGCACUCAAGAAUCAUACGGUACGUGGCCUCAACGGGUUAUUGAAAACCAGAGGACAGAUGAUAUAAAUCUGAAAGCAUUCCCUGCCUUCUCUCCAGCUGCAGCACGAAAACCACGCAACCAAGCCCCAGAACACAAAAGAAGUCAUCUAGAAAUAAAUUUGGUGAUUAGAGAUAAAGAGGAAAAUCCAAAGUCAAACAUCAUCAGACCUUCAGCUGUGAAGCCGCAACAGGUAGAGACCUCUGAUGAGUAUCCCAGAAGUGACCAUGACUAUGGGGGUUCCCGGCUUAAGAAAAUUUCUGCGAAGUCAGACACCUCUAGAACGCCUCAGAGAAAAAAGAAGACAGGAGCGAGAGAGCUGGUAGAGCCAACUGCUUCCAGUAAAUUUGGAAAUAGUGAGCAUGAAGUGCAACCGAGAUUACCUCCGAAAAAUCAGAGUGAAAGGGGGAUAAACCGCCUUACUUAUAUCCGGGACGAGGAGAAGCAGCAGUGCUAUUGCACUGACACAAGUUCAACUGUAACAAACACCGACUCAGUGGGUCGGCGUGUGAGACGCAUAAAGAAGAAAGCACUUGCAGUGCAAACAGAAGAAGCUGUUGUUGACUGUCAGUGUGGUCAAGAGGAAACAAAAGUGGAGGUGGAAGGGAAAGGGGAUAGAGCAAGGGAAAUAACUGUCUUGGGAAACAGUCCCCCUGAGGAUGAGCACAAGGAAUCAGGUGCCUCCCAGCCAGAAGUCACAUCACUACGCAGGAAACGAAGUGUAAAGAGAAGGUCUAGGUGUAUUCAAGCAGAUCUUUCUCUUGAAGAUCAAAGCGAGGCAAUGCGCUCUCAAAAAAACAGUCAGUUGCCAGAUAACAGUGCGAUGUUUAUUCCCACAGUCCCCACUGAUAUAGAACAGUUUAAAGGUAGUGUGAACCUUGAGGGAGGCAGAAGUAACCAGGUGGAUAAGGACGAAAAUGAACAAAGAAGUGGCACCAUCUCCAGCUCAAUCCGGAGGAUGAAGAAGGUACGGAAAACUGUGGCAACCACUCAAACAGAAGAAAACGCAGUGUUUGAGGAUGGUCUCUUCAUACCACCAACCUUCCAGCCAGAUUCAGUCUCUAUCCGAACCAGUUCCCUGCGCCGCAUCCGAAAGGCCCAGAAGGCUACUGUGGCAGUGCAGACUGAUGACGUCAUUCCUGUAUGUUUUGAGAAUCUUCAUCUCUCUCUGCUGGACUUCAAGGGCGAGCAGCCACUUGCAGAUUCGCUUGGGCUUCCUCGGCACUCAGACUCACUCAUUUACAUGAACAUUCCUGCAGCCCUCCUUGAGGUGGCGGAAUCUGGAAAUGAUGCAGAUGUAAGUGACAGUGAGGAAGGUGAUGGUGAUGCACGGGAUAAGGAUAGUGAAGAUGAGGAUUUCAGGAUAUAUAACAAAGUUGCAGAAGAAGAUUUUGACGCUGCAUCACAUGUGAUUACAAGACUAUCUCCAGGGGACGUGACGGUGAAAGUAUGCAGUAGAAGGAGUAGUUACGCAGAGGCCUACAAGGGCCAUGAUGAAGGUGUUUGUCUUUUGCCCUGUGAGAACGAUGUAAAAGAGGGGGAUGAGUUUCCACAAGACAGCGAAGGUCCAGAAGAAGCCAAAGACGCAGAAGAUGAAGUCAGGAGAGAUCUUUUCCUGCAAGGCAGAGAAAACCAGAGUAGCAGAAAAAAUCAUGAAUUGGAUACAGAUGAUAAUCUCUGCUCAGAAGCUCAUGACAGAGAUAUAGAAGAUUCCGAAAGUCAUGUUGAAAAUGAAGGUGAUGACGAUGACGAAGAUAAUGAUGAAACUGCCGAUAAUGACGAAGAUGAUGGUGAUGAUGAUGAUGAUGAUGAUGAUGUUAAUGAUGAUGAUGAUGAGAGUGACAAAGAUGAUAACAAUAACGAAAAUGAUAACUAUGAGCAAGAUGGUGAUGAAGAAUAUGAAUACGGCCAGGAAUAUUCUGAAAAUGAGAGUGCACUUAAUGACAGCCACAUAGAGGGAGAACAAGAUGACAGAGAAGAUGUUGAAGAAGACACAGAACAAGACGAAAAAGGGGAAAACAAAACCUCGAGACCCAUACUUGAGCAUGUGGAUUCUUGUACCCAAACAGUGGAAGAGGAUGAUUGGCCAGAGACUGAAGAAGAGAAGCAGGUAAAUGGUACAGAAGAAAAGAGAGAAGAACAGAGCCAGGAGGAAGAGAAUGAGGAUGAAAGUGAGGAGGAGGAGAAACUCGUCGAUACAGAGGAUGCAGAAAAUGUAGAUAUAGAAACAAGGGUAGAAGAAUCAGUGGGAAAAAGGGAAAGUACAAAAGGGGAUAAACGUGAAUAUGGAAAAGAAAGUAAAGGUUAUAGUGACAGAGAAGAUGAUAACGAAGGGGAUGGGAAGGAAAGACUGAAAAUGGAGAAUUCUCUAGAAGGCAAAACUGGAGAGGAGGACAAGAGUCAGAUGGAAAGAGAUGGAGGCAAAGGCAAAACCAAUGGCAUUUCAGAAAGCAGGAAAAAUGAAAUUACCUGGAGAGAAAGCUUAGCAAGAGAUGAAGAUGAAGAGAAGACAGACGUGCCCAAAGACGGCUGGAUGUGGCAACAGGUGAAUGAUGAGGAAGUAGAAAGCAAUGCGACGACGGGAAGUGAGGUGACUGUGGAUGUGGCCCAAGAGAUGGACACAGAGAAUCCGAGACGAGAAGGAGAAACCGAUAAUCAAGAAUUAAAGAAGGCGAAGAACCGAAAUGAUAAUAAGCCUGACAUUUUAAAAGAGGUGAAUGAGUAUAAAGAGAAAGACGAAGAGCAAAUAACGGAUGUGGAAAUGACGAAUAAGACACAUGAAGACAAGAAAGAGAAAACAGAGAUAGAUGGGGGAAUGCAAAAGGAGAAGAGGACAAGAGUUAGACAAGGGUCAGACAGGGAAAAGGCGGAGGUAGAACCAAGAGAGAAUGAUGAAGGGAAAGGAAGAAAGAAGCCAAUGAAAAUACCAGAAGAUGAUGAAGCAGAAAGAACAAAAGUUGAAGAGGGAAGUGUGAGCAGGAAGGAAGGUGGAGAAAUAGGGAAAGAGGAAAAAAACGAAAAACGAAAUGAAGCCCAGAUGCAGAAACCAGGCGAAGGCGAAAUCGUGAAAGAAAAAAGUGGAACGGACGCAAAAGUGGAGGAUAAAGAAAUACCAAAUGAAGAAAAGACUGACAGACACACAGAAGGAAGAGACGGUGCACCAGAGAGGAAAGUCGAGGGGACAAGGGAGAUUGACGAAGGAAAAAGAGAAACCAGAGGGGGGAGAGAGAGAAGAGUCUUUACACCUCGACAGAAAUUCAGCGAGAAAAGAUCAAAGCAUGAAAGGGGAGACUUCUCUCUGACUGACGAUCUCCAAGUCGGAAUAAUAGACGUAGCUGCUUCAUCAGGGCCAGUUGCCGAAGAAGAGUCAGCUGAUAGAAAUGUAACACCUACUAAAAACGACGGGCCUUCUGGAAGGAAGCCAGUUGCGGGUAUGAAACACGACGAAGAAAACGGUGGUUCAGCUGAAGUCCAUGUGGAAGAAGCAUGUACUGAAUCUGAGGCACAGACCUCCACCCGAAAUGCAAUUCCUUUGGAAGAGAAACCAGCGGCUUUGAGAGAAGAGGGUUCGGAAACGAGAACAGAAAUAGAACCCAUUGCCAACUUUUCUGAAUCAGAGGCAGAGACAAAGAGUGGUGCCCAAGAAAUGAGCUCCCUCUCGCAGGGCGAACCGGAGUGCGAAACGAAAAUAAAAAACAAAAAAGGGGAAGAAACAAAAGCAAAGGACAAUGAAGAAGGAAUGAGGAAACGAGAACCAGAAUUUGAAGAAAGCUCAGGAGUCAAUAUGUCUACCAAUGAAGAGGAUGUGAAAGAAAAUGAAAUGACACAUAUCAAAACUAAUACAGAGGAGGAGAGAGAGGUAGAAAAUAUUCAAGUGGAAGACACAAAGGAAAAGGCAAUAGAUGAGGACCAACAGAGUGAUGAAAAUGAAACAAAAAUGCAAGCUGUAAAACCAAAAAUGGAAGUCGAGACUAAUGAUGAAUUAGAAAAGAGGGAAUCAUGUACGGUAGAGAAGGAAGACACAGAGCAACUGAAAAUAACAGGAAAAGACGUUGCCAGAGAUAUUACACCUGACAAAGAAGUGACAGAAGAGACUGCAGCAGACCCUGUGUUAACUCACCAGGAAGACUGGGGAGAAAGGUUGGAGACAACCCCAAGUAGGAAGGAAGAGGACGACCUGGCGCCACUUAAGCUGGUAGAGGGCUCAAGGGACACCUUUGCCGAGAACGACGACGAGUGUAUCGUGAUCACUUACCGGCCACCUCAGAGGGCGGUGCAAAAGAGAAGGCCAGGGGAGGGCGCGGGCGUGAGAGGAGAAGCAGACGGCGCUGACCGGAGCCCCAGUGCUUCGCGGCGAAUAGACGAACAGGGGGAUGACGGGAAAGAAGUUAGUAGUAAAGAGGGGGAAGAGGCAAAGAGAAAGAAAACGCGAAGAUCAAAGAGGAAAAAAGUGAAAGAGGGCAUUGAUGCAAAUAAGAAGGAAGGUGAAGAGACACAUGUGAGUGAUAAAGAUAAUAUGGGUCUGAAGGGCGAAGAGAAGAAGAAGAAACGACCGAGGCAAAGAAAGAAUAAAGCUGAGAAAGAGAAAGUACCGCAAACAGACAUACAGGAAGCUAUCAAAAAUGAAGUUCAAGAAAGAGAAGACAGAGCAGCUGGUCAGGAAUCACAAUCUUCAGCACAUCCUCCGACUCGACGAUGGGUGGAGGAAAUGGACGAGGGUGGGCUCGGCGAGUGGGGCGAGGAGGAGAAAGAGGGGGGUGAAAGGAAUGGUAAAAGAGAUGAAAAGGGCACGGGCGGCGCGAGUCGAGUGCCUGCGAGGAAUUCUCUGCCAGAAGUUAAGGCAGAUGAGGGCCCAUCCCUGGCUGUGGAGGAGGACUUUUUGACAGAGUCUGAUGCCCUCGAGACGGAGGAGGAUACGUCAUUCUAUGAGGAGGAAGGAGAAGGAUCGAGCCGUUACGAGAUGGAGAGUGAGGAAGGAGGAGAAGGCGGAGGAGAACAGAAUGCGUUUGAGGAGUACCUUCUGCUCCAAGAGGGCCAAUGUCUCGAGGAGAUGCAGACCGUUGAUCGCAUCUUCAGGCAGGUCUUUGAGGACUACAACGACGGCGAGUUUCUUGGGGAGGGGGAGGUGUCCGAAGAAGAAUGUGAUGACUCCCUCCACUUCCUAGGGAGUGGGAGGGGAAGGGAAGAAAGAACACAAGGGAAAAGCAAAACUGUUACCGGUGUCCGAGUUGAGGGCGAUGGUUGUCCUCCUCCUCCACCUCCAUCUCUCACUCCUCCCCCCUGUCUCAUCACCCCCCCUCCUCCGCCUCCGCACUCCCCGGUCACCCCUCGAAAGGGUCGUGGAGCGGAGCUGAAGGUUUCUGGCCCGAAAGAGAAAAGAGUCGCAUCCUCAGAACUCGAAGUCGAGUCCAAGAAAGAUCUCGAUGUCCCGUCCAGCCGCACUUCGGUUCCGCCAGGGGCUGAGGUGAUGCAAGAGAAGUUGAAGCGCUCGAGCAUGCGGACUCAGGCCACGCAGACCGACACCGGCGCGGGGAGGAAAUCGCUGCCCACUUUAGCGCUCAGUCCCCGCAGCGAAAAGGCUGAGAUGGUUUCCCAAGGCGCGCAGACCAACGGCAACGGCGUCCGCCGGAAGCUGAUCAAGAGCUUCUCGGAGGCGGCGCACUACGAAGGUCUAGAGUACGAGAUCUACGACCUCGACGACUUUAUCGAGCCUCCCCUGCCCUCCCGAGCCGCGUCAGAGGGACCUCCGCCUUGCCCUCCGAGGUAUUCCCCUUACGACGAGAUCCCACUCGAGGAUGGCCCGGCGCCGCCUCCGCCGCUCAAGUUCCGACAGAAUUACCACGAGAUCUUCAUCGAUUCGUCGCCGAGGAAGCCGCGCCGGAGACUGCAGAAGACGCUCUCGGAGGGCGAGAUCCUCUCCGAGCGGCGGAGGGCCCUUAGCAUGGCCUCGGGCUACCUGGAGGUGGACAUCAAUGGCUUUAGUGGUAACGAGGAGGAGGUUAUUGAACCCCAGUGUGUCGACGAAUGUUCCCGCGAUCUCUCUCGAAGCAGAAUCUUCAGUCAUCCUUCGCUCUUGGAGGAAGAGGAAGAGGAAUUCCACGAGAAUAUGUUCCACAAGGAGAUCUUACCAGCCUCCCUCUCCCCAGAGAGGAAGAUGUCCCAAGUGUCCACCGAUUCUGACCUAAAGACUUUUGACCCCAAUGAGUUCCGGACGGAAGAGCACCUCCUGAGUCAGCUGGCCGCUCUGUCCACCGACUCCCUUGGGGAGAGUGGAACCUCCUUGUUUGAGAGUGGCAUCCCCGAGGGGCUGCUCAUGAGGGAUGGUUCGCCCUUACCCUUUGCUAGCACAUCUAAUGACCUUGUGAGUCCAGUUGAGUUCGGGGACCACUUUGAGGAGUCCAUGAGCGAAAGUCAGGUUACUGUGGUCCAGCGGGCCUUGGCAGCCUCGUCACAAGCCAUCACUUCAGAUUCGGAGAACGGAAGCUUCCAUCUAACGGACCCCUCCUCUGCAGCCACCACGCCUUCCACUCGCCACAAGAGCCUCCCUGCUGCCGGCAGCUUCGAGGAGGACAUGGACGAUGAGCUUCCUCGGCUGCGCAUUUCAGGCAAAGUCCACAGUAUCACCACUCUUUCAUCCAUUGAGGACGAGCCAACAAGCAUCAGUGAAAACGUCAUAUCAGAGGGUUCCCAUGACGUCGUCUCCACUAGCACCACAUCAAGUGAAGUUGACAAAGCCAUUGCCAGCUCCACUGAUAGUGACUUCACUUCCAUCCGCAGUGGAGACUCCAUGACAAUAAAGUCGGAAGCACUGGAGGAAGGCGAAUUUGAAGGAGACAUUGUGAUUGAAGAGAAUAUAAUGGCGCGCUUAGUACAGGGAAUGAGAGCUGGGGAUAUUCCACACCAAUUCAUUAUCAAAUCCUCGGAUUUUCGAGAUGAUCUGAGGAAGCUUGCAUCACCCGAGUCAGAUUCCUCCAGCAGUCAUUUCACUGAACAAGAAACGUCAAGGAGCCCGGUAUCAGGCACAACCAAUACUAUUACAUCCAAGUCUGACCUGUCACGCACGGACUCACACCAGACUGAUCAGUCAGAAACCUCUGAAGACUACAUUACGGCCACAGAAAACAGCAUGAAUGGUCAGGAAGCUCGACGUAGCUAUUACUAUGAGGAAAGGCAUGUGUCCUCUCCUCCAGAGAUGGAUGACAUCUAUGAAGAUGAAGCUUUGACCCCCAAAAUACUUAGCCCCGAAGCUAGCGAGGUGUUAGGAGAUUUGCUUGAGACACAAGAAAUUAGUGAUAUCACUGAAGGCCUAAGUGUAACUAGUGACUUUGAGACGGCUCAGGACCUCACAUCUCCUGAUGGCGACACCACCACCUCAGCCAGCUAUUAUAUUGAGCAUUCUAUAGGUGAAGAAUCAGAAAAAUUAUUCCCUGAAGUCAAAACAAAGCCAGAAGUACCUCCAAAGCCAGCCUUUUUACCUAAACCAGAAAUACCACCAAAACCUGAGAGGCUCUCUCCAGCGCGAGAGACCUCUGCUCAGGGGGAAGAGCCAGAUGAAGACACUCCUCAAGAUGAAACACCUCCUCAGUUUCCAGAAAUUCAAGUCGAAAUCACAGUGAAAAGGAGAGAAAAACCUGUUGAGGAGAGCAAGACAGGAGCAAUUAAAAAGAGAUAUUCUGGUGGUGGUAAAGUAGCUAAGGACGACAAUAGAAGAUAUUCAAAGUAUUUUGAAGAUAAUGAGCAAGGGGAGUUGUCAGAAGUAAAGGGACAGAACCAGCAAUCUUGGUCAGAAGAAGAGAGAGAAAAGGCAAAACAGACAAUGAAACUGGACUUUCCUCCAGGUGUUACAAUGUUUGGGGAGGCUCCAAGCUGGCCUGUGCCUGACAAUCUCAAGACUGGAGAAGUAGAAAAGAAACUAAAAGUGUUUGAUAAACCCAAGAAGUCUGUAAAAAUCGACCUUGCCAGUGUUGAAGACCUCCAGGCCAAGUCAAAGCCUGAAAGUCCUCAGGCAAAAGAUAUAGUGAAUGAAACAAAGCAAGUUCCUGCAAAAUAUGACAAAGCCAAACGUAAAUCUGAUGAAGUAACUCCACAAGGAAUGGUAAGGAGUCCAGCAAUGCAUGAAGGAUUUAGACUAGAAGACUGGACACCUAUUCGGACUCCAGGAACUCCUGAAAGGGCCUUGGAUUUUGAUACGUCGGAUGAAUCCUGUUCUGAAUUACCUCGACAUCCACCAAAAUCUCGGAGUCCGGGGAAAAGGGCAAAAGAAGCCAGCGGGAAGAAAUUUGGAAGCCCAGGCACUGAAAGUGACCUCACAGCAAAGCAAGCAAGUGAAAAACAAAUUCCAGGGAAAACAAUAGAGACCUCUGAAGAUUAUGAGGAAACAAGAGGAAGCCCACCAAAGCAAGUGAGACAAAGUCCAGGGAAGACAGAAACAAAGCAGCCAAGUCCAGUUCGCGAAAUUAUCACCAGCAGAACUGAAAUCCCGCGAGUGCAUUCCCAGGAAGUACACUUGCGACACCCUCCUGCUGGCGUCCAUACAUCAGGAAGUGAUCCAAAGAAAAGGCUUAGUGAAAUAUCCAUCGGUUCAACACCAGAAGUUACAGAUGUUCAGAAGCGACACUCAGCUGAAAUCCUCACACGGAAUGUAGAGAGUCAGGACCACCUGAAACCUAAGGGACCUGUAACAGGCUACUUAAGAGCAGGCAGUCAGAGUCCCACCUCAAGAGAGAGACCUCUACAGCUGCCAGAAAACAAGCUCCUCACUAUCGCUCCCCUGAAGGAUGCGAGGAAGAGUGCAGAGUCCUUGCGAUCACUGAGUCCAGGGUCUGACAACGUGUUCCUCAGUGGCAGCAGAGAGCAGCUAGAGGAUGACUCCAGGGGCAGCCUGUGCGUGCAGUGCGGAGAGAGACCAGCGUCCAGAGAGGGCACCCUCAGACCGUCGCCUCCUUCAGGACACACGAUUACUGUGGAGCGCAGACUGUCUGACAGGGAGCCUUCUCGAACCAGGGGAGUCAGUCACCGUGCCAAGUCCGAAGAGAGGAACUCGUUCACAAGGGACUGGGGGGUCACGCCCAUCAGCCUGGAGGUGGGCGACGCGCCCAGACACGACAGCGACGACGACGAAAUGGGCGUGUACAUGGACGCCUACAGGGCCUUCUCGUGGGUGUACGUCGCGCCCCACGAGGAAGCCAAGGUCUGGCAGCGCGACGAAGGGCGGCCAACAUCCGGGUCUCCAGACCUGAGGAUCCCGGGCUUCGAGGACGCCGCCGACCCGCCGCUCAAGCAGGAGGACGAGACGCAGGCCGAGAGCGAGGCUACGCAGGCAGUGGAGGAAAGAGGAUUUAGAGACUCCUAUACUGAUAUAGUUUCCUGGGGCUGUGUCAGCAAAAUUCAUUAA